AUGGCCGCCACAGCAUCCGCCUCAAUGCCCAUGCAGUCACGCACUGGUCGCGUGAACCAGCGAUACGGCUCCCAAGGCGAGCGCCUAGUCGCCGGCGUGGUCCCGCUCUCUACCGACAAGUACUAUGUGCUCCUCAUCCAGUCCACCCGACGCGGUGGCUGGGUGCUUCCCAAAGGCGGCUGGGAGACAGACGAGGCCACCGCCCAAGAUGCCGCGAAACGUGAAGCCUGGGAAGAGGCCGGCAUAAUAUGCAAAAUCAACUACGAUCUUGGCCUCAUCGCUGAGAAGCGAAAAGCCGACCAGCUCACCGCCACGGCCCCAAAGGCCUCGUACCAUUUCUUCGAAGCCACCGUCGAGAAGCAGGAAGCCGUCUGGCCAGAGCAGCACAAGCGCUCGAGGAAUUGGUUCACAUACACCCAGGCCAGGCAGGCACUAGCCGAGAGGCCGGAGCUCCUCGACGCACUUGACCGCUGCACCAUGAUCAGGUCAUAGCACCGACCGCUGCUCGCAGGUGCGAUUGAAGACAUCGCACUCGAGCACGACGCCGAAAGAUUUCGGACAUAUACCCGGAUUGGCUGGUUUUCUUUCUUCUAAUAUUGCAUCACAUCUGCAUCUCGAAAAGCUCAGGGGGUUCUAGACAUUGGUUUUGUCACUUUCUUACACUACUCUGGCGUCGUGGCUGCUUUUCCAUGGUAGAAAGAUGCAUGUGCGCUCUCGCACGCGAGCACCAAAAGCCACUCGCGGCUCGCAGUAAUGCAAUUGGCCACCGCCACUACACCUGUGCC